AUGUCUGUCUCGUCCAAGUACGAAGGGUGCAGUUCGUGGCAAGAGAUUGCAGCCAAGCAUCGCGAAACCAUUAGGCUGCCGACCGGCACCGUCUCCGACGAUUAUGCUCUCGGCGAGUGGAGUCGGAAGGCGAAUCAGAACGACGUCUCGCCCUCAAAUAGCAAGCCAGGCCCUUCACUCGCCUCGCUCCUCCAACACGAAUCCACCAAGCGCAUCUGGUCGUCGAGCCUCGAUGACGUCCUGCAAGACUUGGACGCUACUGGUAUCUGCGGACUGACACGCUCGGGCAAGGUGUCAGUUCAGGAUGUCACGCGGCACUUUCUCAGCCGCGCCUCGAUAGUGCACCAAGCCACCAACUGCCUCUCGCACUUCUUCCCCGACGAGGCCAUGCACCGAGCCAAGCAGCUCGAUAACAAGCGCUCCCAACUAGAGAAGGAAGGUCGUCUCGACGAGCUUGGUCACCUCUUUGGCCUACCAAUGAGCAUUAAGGGCCACAUGAACUACAACAAGCACGGCAGCCAGCGCGGCUUUGUCUUUGACGUCCUUCCCGAUCCUGCAAACCACCCCCUCCUUCAACGCAAUCUCACCCCCAAACAGCUGCAGCUUCUGGUGUCGACGCAGGGCGGCUUUGUCAGCGAGAAUCCCGUCAACUCGAGCAUCGCAGCGCUGCUACUGCAGAACGACGCUGUCAUCAUCGGCAAGACUACCAUGCCGCAAGGCGUGAUGCAUCUCGACACUACCAACAACCUCUACGGUCAGACGCUCAACCCGCACAACCUAGCGCUGAGCCCUGGUGGCUCAAGUGGUGGCGAGAGCGCUCUCGUUGCUGGCGGUGGGAGUGCUCUGGGUGUCGGCUCAGAUAUCGGCGGCUCGAUCCGACAGCCGUGUGGAGUGUCCGGGCUUUACGGGCUUAGACCGACGACGCAACGUCUGCCCUACGGGGGUGUGCGGUCGACCAUGCCGGGAGCAGAAGGCGUCGGAUCCUCACUCGGUCCCAUGGCGACGAGUCUGCGCGAUGUCGAGUUGUUCAUGUCGAGCCUGCUCAACGAACAGACGCGGCCGUGGGAGUUCGACCACACGGUCAUCCCCACACCCUGGCGCAAGGUGGACAGUCUGUUAUCGAGUCCCCGCGACAAGCCGAUCAUCGUCGGGGUCAUGAUGGAGGACGGCGUGGUGCGACCGACUGCUCCAGUCCGUCGAGCUCUAUCGCAAUGGGUCGACAAGCUGCGCACCGCCUCGAGCGCAAGCGGGACCAGCCUGCCACGCAUUGAGCUCCGCCGGUGGGAUCCGCGCGACCUCCACCGACGAGCAUGGGACCUCAUCCGCCAGCUCUACUAUAUGGAUUCAGGCAAGAUGUUUCAUCUGCUCGCCAAGGCCACAGGCGAGCCUUUGCUGCCUCUCACCCAGUUCAUUCUCUCCGAGCCGUUCGUUCGCUCUCCCACUGCGGACUUGGAAGCGGACGCUGCGGGGGAGCCGACGAAUCGCAAACUCGACGAGAUGAGCUACCUCGAAUCGUGCGCGGUCAUUCGGGCACGAGAAGCCUUCCGCAAAGAGUUCCUCAAGCACUGGAACGACCUGGAGCUAGACUGCCUGCUGUGUCCCGUCAUGUGCAACGUGGCACCGCGACCGGCCACCAUCAAGUACUGGGGCUACACAAGCGUCUUCAACCUCGUCGACUAUCCCGGUGUCGUCUUUCCCUCUGGCCUCAAAGCGGAUUCGAAGCUCGACGAGCAGUUUGAGAGCGCUCCGACGGACGGCGAGUUUGGGUACGAGGCGAGGAGCGGAUGGUGCAGCGAGCAGGAUCGGGAGAAUGCACAGGAGUAUGAGGAGCACCAAGAGGUGUUUGAUGGCGCCCCGGUGGGUCUGCAGCUCAUCGGAAGGAGGUACAAGGAUGAAGAGCUGCUCAAGCAUGCCGAGCUACUGCAGCACCUCUGUGGUAGCAACAGCGAUUGA